AUGGUGAUGUCACAUGGCACCUACACCUUCCUGGCCUGUUUCGCCGGCUUCUGGUUGGUCUGGGCCCUCGUCGUCAUGCUCUGCUGUUUCUGCAGCUUCCUGCAGCGCAGACUGAAGCGGCACCACGAGGAGCGGCUGAGGGAGCAAUGUCUGCGGACCGUAGAGAUGGAGCCACUCAACUGUCACCCCGGGGGAUACCCGUCUCAACCUCCUCCUCCUCCGCCUCCACCACCACCUUUACAGCUGCCCAGGGAGCCACCGCAGUUUGGCCCUCCUCAAACCCUGUCGCCGCCUCUUCCUCUGCAGGUCCCUCAUCCCAUGCCUCAAGCAAACUGGGUCAGCAUGCCAGACACAGAACUAUUUGGGAAACCCCCCUGCUAUGAGGAGGCAGUUCUGAUGGAAGAUCCUCCUCCGCCCUACAGCGAGGUCUUGGCUGACCCGCGGGGAGGCACCUACCUGAAACCUGCCCCGCUCCGAGCCCCACCACCUCAGCCUCCGCUUCCGAGGGAACACCAGGAUCCUUGUCCGGUGUUCACGUCCGAGAUCAGCAAGCCUCCCGUGGCGGCCAUGUUCCCCGAGCGAGCCUACUCCUCCCUGAUACGCCUGCCGUCGUCACAGCGCUGGGACUCCCUGGGUCAUCUUCUGUCCAACAUGGACCUGAACCACAACAACCUCACGCCGCCGGGGGCCCGCUCCAUCCAGGCUGCCGCCGCCAUGGCCACCAUGCCCCGCCGAGAGCCCAGGACUCACCGUGAUGGACUGGGGCUAAGAGGAGGGAUACAAGGACUCCAAGGGGGGAUCCAGGGGUUCCAAGGAGGGUUACAGGAGCUUCAGGGGGUCCAUGGUCUGAGGGGAUUGGAGCCCAGCUGUGGCCUGCCAACAGCCUUCCCCCUGCUGGGUCGUAGCACCGCUGUCUAG